CUUCCUGUGUUCUAUUUGUGCCACUGUUUGAUUACGUUAUUUCGGUUACAAGUGGCCGAGUGAUAAUCGUGCCUAGAUUAGCCCUAGGAAGCUGUAUGCAUGGUGGCCUAUUGUUUUUGUUUCUACAUUUCUGAUUGAUAUUGAUCGUGUUUAUCUGCUUUUGGAUUACGCACUGCCAACACGGACGGGGCCAACAUUGUUUCCUUAAAAUAAACUGUACAUUCUGUGUGAUUGCAUCUGGGUAGGAACACCCUUCGGAAACGUCACACAACAUAAUUGGAUUACCGUGCCGUGGAUAUCUAGCGCGAAUAGGGUGGGGAAGGCAAGGCAAAUUGAACCAGCAAACAUUACACCGACUCUGGGCGACAGCACGUUUAUUUAUGCCACCGUGUGCACUUUUGUACCGUAGGCGGAUUUGAUUUCUGGAUAGCAAACGCGACGAUAGCAGCAUUGGCGUGGUCGGUGCCUUCACACUAACGGCUACACCGUGUAUCACCAGUCAAGAUGAUGAACGAAGAAUCUUCGUCACCGGCUAGCAGUAAUGUGGUAGCACAAUUCUUUAAGAGACUAGGACAGCUUUAUCAACUUCAACUGGAUAAAUGGACACCGCAUACGAAGGUGCGGUGGGCAGCCGCCCUCGGCUUAAUAGGUCUAUUUCUCCUGCGGGUAUUCACCAAACAAGGCUGGUACAUUGUAACGUACGCGCUCGGCAUUUAUCAUCUAAACCUAUUCAUCGCUUUCCUGACGCCGAAAAUCGAUCCGGCACUCGAUUUGGACGAUGAUCAAGGUCCAGAGCUGCCGACGAAGGCAAACGAAGAGUUCCGACCAUUUAUACGGCGGUUACCAGAAUUUAAGUUCUGGUACGCCAUCAGCAAAAGUACAGUGAUCGGGAUCGUCUGUACCUUUUUCGAUAUGUUCAACGUGCCGGUCUUUUGGCCAAUAUUGGUGCUUUACUUCAUCACACUUUUCUGCAUUACGAUGAAGCGGCAAAUAAAGCAUAUGAUCAAAUAUCGAUACCUGCCGUUCACCCACAGUAAGCCUCGCUAUCAGCCGGUAGCGACGGAAAAGUGACAAUUAAAAGCACAAACUCUACCAGCAUCCUCGUCCUCGUCGUCGUUGGCGUCGCUGCCAGCCGGUGGUGUACCGGUGGCAGCUGCCGGUUCAUCUGCUGCUGCACCAUCCGUUCUAGCGGGCGUUCACCCAUCCGCGGUGGGUGGAACCCCAGCUGCCUCGGUGACAACCGUUUGAGGGGAGUGAAAUGAAGAAAAGGCAUUCCGGCACGACCGUCGUCAUAGAGCCCCCGUACCAUCCACCAAGUAAAUUAUCCCCCCCCUGUCUGCCAUACCGCUACGUAUCGAUCGUCUGUAGAUCGUGCAAGACCGCCCACUUCACAGACAAUUCAGAAUGAUCCUCAUCAACCCGUGUGUACAACAUAGAGCCCUGUUUUUUGUUGUACAUUUUACUACAUCGUUGUUGAAUGUGUUUUUAAUUGCAAGUUUUAAUCAAAUUUCCCUUAUCUCAUUGUGCUCCGAUUGCUGGCGGAUACGUUUGCAGCAACAUGCAUAUCGUUCCGACCAUGUGAAGAUGCGUCGCGUGCAUCGGUGCAUUUUCUUUUCACCAUUCCCACACGUCACAAGGUAUCGCUAGAACAGACAGACCUCGCUGGUAUUGAUUUGUGCUUACGUCGUAGCAAAAAUGUUGAGUUUAAUUGCUUUUGAUUGUAUCGUUGGUUUUUUUUAAAUAGAAAAAAAAGAUAAUGCUUUCCCGUUUUGUUUUCGACUCAUACAACAUUCCCCGUUUUGGGGACGGUACAGGCAGUAACAACCAGUAACGCUUGUAUGAUUUUUAACCAACACAAAAAUCCACACGGGUUCCCACAGGUAGUGUAGGGAACCAAGCAUCUCGUUAUAUAUGACUAUACGAGCUGGUAGGAAAGUUUUGUUUUUUUUUAAGAGAGUGAAAAUAAGCUUUGUCGUAAAGGAAAAGCAACAACCAAAAAAUGAAACUACAUUUGAAAAAUGGCAAGCAAAGCGUAUACGCGAAUACGAACGCGCUAGCAAGUUAGGGAAAAAUUCAAUUCACUAGUAAAUGGGUUAGUUAUGUUGCCUGUAAUUAUUGCGUGUAAUAUGCUGCUAAGUUCAUUAUUCUUAUUAUAUCGUGUUAAGUAGGGGUGAAGUAUUUUGUUUUUUGCUUGAUUUCCUUCUUUAAUUUUACAUAUUCCUUUCCGUUUUCCCCGCCAAAACGUUUUGUUUUAUUUACACUUUGCGAUCGUCCUUUGCGCGCAAUUAUCUACGGUAUUUCGUUCCCCUUUUGCCCAGUAUAUACACAUGAAUGCAUAACUUUCGUAACCCAUUCGUUCCCAUAAUUUUAAGUUUAUAUUUAAUCCUGAUUUAGUUUCCAGUUCGAAUAAAUGUAAGCACGACCGAAAAAUAACAGCAAUAUCUGAUACAUAAUAUAGUGCAUCAAUCCACCAUCGUCGUUCCGCGCUACAUUUAUUCCUCGACAACGUUUGCAAUUAGUUUGAUCUCAACAAGUAAUUAAGUUGCUUUAGAGAAGCCGUAACAACGAUUGAUAAUAGUUUGCUUGGGAAGGGAU